AUGCUCGACAAAAGUUUGGCGAAGUUUUUUGCUAACGCCAAAAAGAAAGAUGGUACAAAAUUUAAAGCAAGUGCUCUUUUAACCUUGCGACAAGGCCUGAGACGGCAUUAUUUGGACAGUUUGGGCUAUGAUAUUGUGAAUGAAAAAUCAUUUUCGUACAGUACGAAAGUCUUCAAAGCUGCUGUAAAAGAUUUACGACGACAAGGUCUUGGUUCUGUCAAACACCACGUCCCAAUAACAAGAGCUGAUAUGACAAAACUAUACAGCGGCGACACUGUUGUGUUUUACAUGGAUACACCAAACGGCCUCCUGAACAAAGUGUGGUUUGAAGUGAUGUAUUUUUUAUGCCGACGGGGGCAGGAAAAUCUGAGAGCAAUGACUAUAGAAACGUUUGAGUUAUCAACCGACAGCACAGGCAAGAGAUACAUCUUCCAAAAGACGGAUGAACUUGACAAAAACCAUCGAGAUACCACGGCAGGAACUGUGACACAAGGAAGAAUGUACGAAUUACCAGGUAUGCGCUAGUAUAUGGAUGCAUUUUAUUUGUAUGCUUAUGAUUUAUGAAUGAAUGAAUAGUAAAGUUUGAAUUUAUUCUAUUUUUAGGAAACCCUGCUUGUCCUGUAGAAUCAUUUCUGAAGUACAAAAGUAAAUUGAACAAAGAUAUUAAUGCUCUUUGGCAACGACCACUUGACAGCUUCGUACCAGAGGAAGAAACCUGGUUUUGUAAGGCUCCGCUUGGAAAAAAGACUUUGGCAAAUAUGAUGGCAACUAUUUCUCGUCAAGGGGAACUAUCACAAAGAUAUACAAACCAUUCUAUUCGUUCAACAGCAAUAACUGCUUUGGAUGAAGCUGGUUUGUUUCUUAAAACUGAAUAAAUAUACCAUAAUGCAAGUUUCUAUUUGCAUAUUAUUAACCUGAUUUUCUCUUAACAGGAUACGAAGCUAGGCAUAUCAUGGCUAUCUCAGGUCAUAGGAACGAAGCAAGCAUCAGGUCAUAUUCUGCGCACGUAUCAGAGGAGCAGACGCGUAGGAUAUCCGAAUCUUUAACCCUUGCCACUGCCGACGAUAGAGCUGUUGAUGUCUAUCAACGUCCUGCAACAUCUGCAUCGCCUGCAAGAUCGCCCAUACUGAAUGAUUCUGACCUUCCUUCUACACCCAAUUUAAACCAAAUAAUGAAUACAGUCUUAUCACCUGUAAUGUCCACAUCGACGGACGUCUUCAAAUACAACAGAUUUGAUGGCUGUACGAUUAACAUUAACGUUCAAAAAUAA